UUGUUUACAAGGAAAACGUCAGGAUUUGUUGAUUGCAUUUAGAAGGGGCGGGUGCCCGGUGUCUUUGCAGCCGUGCGGGGCUGUCUGGAGCGGCAGGCCCGAGGUGGAUCUCGGCUCGGGCAGAACGGCCCCGUCGGGGGCUCGGCUUGCGGGGCCUCGGGGGGCGCGAAUCCUCUUCUGUCGUCUGUGCGCUUCGCUCAUGCUUCCAUCACUUUAGGAUUUGUAUUUCCCUUGCUGCUUCUCAUUUUGCUGUGACAACAAAAACAAGACACACAGAGUUUCUUUUUAAAGGGAAGAUUGGAAAGUAUCUUCUAGUUAUGUGACAUCAAAACCUGGGGGGAUCUGAACAACGUUAUGUAGAGGAAGAGUUGCUGUAAAAAUAUGGGAGCUGAUGACACUGCAUCAAUUGCCAUGUUGUACCAUAUUGCUGCACUGCCUGCCUGCAAACUGGUAUGGGAACUGCUGUGCUAAAAUAGGGAUCUGCCAUGGAGUGUUUUUCAAAGAUGUGCUCCUGAGAACUGAUCUGCUGUGGCUAACUGGCUGUGACUGGUUUGUUUCCUUUCCUCUCUUGUCUUCAGAUGGCACAACAAGAAACCCACCAGCCCCCAGAAGCUUUAACUCUUUGCUGUGGAAGAAGCUCAGAGUGACAGCAGGAGCAGCCUACAAAACCAGAUAUACCUAUUCGACUCUCAAGGUGUGGCUGAUCAUGGGAGAACCACUGUUAGAGAACAGCAUCCUCGAUCAAUUUAUUAAUAGCCAUGAACAGUCAUAUGAGGAGUUUCUAAAUACAUUCACAUAUCUUUUGAAAGAGAAAGAAGGAAAGACAAUUCAGGGAAGUAAAGGGGACUCCUUAAGAAAAAAGAGUUUUACUUCUGAAUUACCAGACAGAAAUAAACAGGAUGGCUCACCUGAAAGAAACAAAGAAAUGUGGGGGUCAUUUCCACCACGGAUGGCAAAUGAGAAUGAGACAGUGAUGAGUGAGAGCUCAACAGCUGGUGUCUCUGAUGGAAAUAAUCUCAGUCUGUCUGAAAGAGUGAAGGUGGACAAGUACUUACACUUGGAAGAUGUAGACACAGAUGAAGAGACAUGCAGUGCAGGGUCGUUAGUUCUUCCAGGAGAGGUGGAAGAGACAGUAUCUUGCUGUACACCCUUCUUUGAUAAGCCUAUCCAGCCGAAGUUCAGAGCCUGGUCAGUUCCACAGCCAUCAGACAGCAAAGCCCAAGAGGCAGAGUGUUUAUUCGAAGAUACUUCAACCAGAAGCAAUGCAGAAAUGCAAUACAGUAUGUCAACAAAGCACAUACUGGCAAAUGCACUACUGGGCGAUGAUGUUCAACCUUUCUCACUUGAUGAAGAAUUUGAUUAUGACAAUGUGGCACUGACCCCCAAGUUCUCUGAAGCUGAGCUGAAGUCCAUUAUAGAGUUGUCUGAAGAGAAAAUGGGUACAGAUGUCAAAUCAGCACGAGCUGAAGACUGAGUCAAAGGUGUUCUGUGCAGGGCUGUUGGAAUGACCUUUUUAUGGGGUGAAUGUAGCUCCUCGUUGUACCCUUAUUUAGUGUUCUUUUCUGCGUGGCCAGUAAAUGGCAUCCCUGAGAUUUGUCAUUUAUUCUGUCAAGGUGCCUUGGAUCCUGUACUGGCUCAGGGUAGGUGUGCUGAGUGACUUCUCCAUAGGUGCAAAACAAGCUGGUGGAUUUCAGAAUAGCAUCGUGGCUACUCUUGCUUACAUCUGGUACUGACUUGGUUCCUGAGUAGUACAAAGCUGGUCCUAAAGCUGCCUUUUACCUCGUUCUUUCAGUAAUGUAAUUAAGAACUUUUUAACAGCUGACAAAUCAGUCUAUGAACUCUUUAAAUGUAUAGAGAUAUAUGAGUGAGUAAAUCUGGGAAUAUGUUUUUUUUCUCUGUGUUUUGAGUUACUUGAGUUCUGCAAAAAAUAAAUAUUCCUGUUUCCAACAAAC